UGUGUUUAUAGUGUGGAUCAUGUAGGAGAGAAGAGGAUGAGAGCCGGACUACGAAAGUAUGCCUGUGAUCUCACACUGGAUCCAAACACAGCAAACACUGAUCUCGUUCUGUCUGAUGAGAACAGGAAGAUCACAUGUGGGGAAGAUUGUCAGCCGUAUCCUGAUCAUCCAGAGAGAUUUGAUGAGGCUCCUCAGGUUCUGUGCAGAGAAAGUCUGACCGGACGCUGUUACUGGGAGGCUGAAUGGAGUGGAGAUUAUGCUGAAAUAUCAGUGUCAUAUAAAGGAAUCAACAGGAAAGGAGGGAGUGAUGAUUGUGUGUUUGGAUACAAUGACAAAUCCUGGAGUCUGUUCUGCUCUGAUAACAGUUUCUCUGUCCAUCACAAUAAUAACUACACUGAUAUUCCUGCUGUCCCUUCAUCCUGUAAGAGAGUAGGAGUGUAUGUGGACGUGUCGGCCGGCUCUCUGUCCUUCUACAGCGUCUCUGACACACACACACUCACACACUUACACACAUUCUACACCAAAUUCACUGAACCCCUAUGUGCUGGAUUUGGAGUUUAUGAUGAUUCCUCAGUCUCUCUGUGUGAUAUUAAAGAGCCUCCUGUGAGAAUCAUCGGUGAUGCAUAUGCCGCCAGAUCUUCUGUGCUCAGAUAUCAGCCUCUGCUGAAGUGUCAGUCUUGUGUUCAUAUCUCUGAUCCAGAUCAGUGGGAUCAGAUUGAGCCGUCGCUCUGCACAGAUCAAGGAGUGUCAAAGUUCAGGGUUAGCACUGGACCGGGGCGUUACGAGUGUGUCAGGUCCAGGAUGAGAUGGGUCUGUGAUGGGGACGUCACUCUUCAGUAUCACACCGUAGACGGACGGUUCCUCAACACAGAGCUGGAGAGACUGCAGUGCAACCGAAUCGCUCCGGUGAUGGACGUGACGGUGAUCUCAGGGAAACUGGAGGAAGUUCAUCUGCCACAUUACAUCUGUUUAGGAGAGUCUGAAGCUUCCCUCAGAGAUGCUGUGAACGUCCUCAGUGUAAAAGAUGAGGGAAUAACCACAGAACCUGUGGAGCUGACACGAUUCCAUGCUAAGAUUGUCCAACCAUCCUUCUCUAUUAAAACAUUAAUUAUAAGAUGGAUACUGCAAUGGGACGAACACUGUGAUCUUCUUCUCUACAGGCGCUCUAAAGCUCCUCUUAUUCUACAUGUCUACUUCUUUCCAGUUGAUGAUUGUGCAAAAGAAAAAGUUGAGAAGAUUGAAAAAUCGAUUUCUGAUCAGAUUUGGCAUCCCAGACCUGACAAAGCGCUUCGGAUGGAAACUCCACACAGUCUCGUUGUUCCUGGUGCCUCUGUCCAUCCCAGAGAAGGGAUUACACUCAGAAGACAAACUGACCCAAACUUCUUCAAGAUCAUGAUCAAGACACGUCUGAAGAAAUAUCUUCAAAUGAAACUUAUCAGAGAGGAGGACAAGAAGAUUGUCUGGACUGCAACACUUCAGAAAGAGGAACUUGAUCAGAUUCGUACACAGCGAGACGAGACACGUCCACAGAGAGAUGAGACACGUCUGAAGAGUGAGGCAGAUAAAGCAAGAUAUUUUGAUGACCACUGGUCAGAUCUCAUUCAGAGAGUUACAAAUGUCGAGAUCAUUGCAGAUAAACUGCGUCAGCAGCAACUCAUUCAUGAGGAACAAUAUUCAGAAAUCAUAAAGAGUGCAACCAGUCAGGACGGCAUGAGAACGAUCUGUGAGAUCAUUCGUAAACACGGUGAUGCUGUGAAAGCUAAACUCAUCUCAAUUCUUCAGGAAAAGAACUUUUCCACUUUUAACAUCGUCUGAUUCUACAUUUAGAG